AUGAGUAAACCAAAACAAAAAGAGAAACCGAAUCAGCGAAAAAUGGCGUUUCGCCAAGAAGCUACCGAUGCUCUUCUACAACUUGAAAAUGAUUCACAAGUGACAUUUGAAAAAGCAAUGGAAGUAGCAAAACUCGAUUGUAGACAGUGUAAAUUGCACGAUAUAUCACACAAUGCAAAGUAAGUUAAUCUUCAGAUUGUGGAAAAAAUUCAAAUGACUUUCAGGCACCAAAACUGUCGUGACAAUCCAUUUUGCAUAAAUCGUUUGGGAUUGGAGAAAUUCGAAAAACUGAUAAAUUUGGAAGUACAAAAUCGCGAAGACGCGCGUAUCAAUCAAAAACGUCGUGAUUUAAAUGAUCAACCUUCUGGCUUGGUGAACAAUGGCAAUUUUUGCUAUGUCAAUAGUUUUUUGCAAGUCUGGUUCAGUGUUAUUGAAUUUCGACAGAUUAUUUAUGAUUUUCGACCAUCCCGAGAUUAUAUUGCGUGAGUUUCGGCUUAUAAAUGUAAUAAACAUACUGCGAUUUUUAGACCCGAAUUGCCGAGAAUGAAUGUGGAACGAGUUAUGAUGGCGUUGCAGGAUUUGUUCUUUACUAUGCAAACUACACCAUUUGUGAGUUGAUUUUUGGGUAAAAAUAGUGGAAAUGAAAAAUUUAUCUGCAACCUAAAAUUAUAUUUUUCAGAAUUUUUUUCAUGUUAAAAGUCCCAAUUUCCAUCCCAAAACCUUCGUUAAUUAUUUCAGAUGGAUACGGACAAAAACGAUACUUUAAUCCGUGAACUUCGCCUAAAUCAAGAACAACAAGAUGCUCAAGAAUUCGCUCUUAUGUUAUUCGAUGCUUUAGAUCGAAAUCUUCAACUUCAUCCAAAUGGAAAUCCGAUUCGAGAGCGAAUUAAGAAUUUAUAUAUGGGUUCGACGUGUUCGAGAAUUUUUUGCGAAUGUGGAAUGUCGAGUGAAAGAUUGGAAGUUUCGACCUCAUUGCAAUUAAAUAUUGAUGGACAUGCCACACUUUUGGAUGCUUUGAGUGCUAAUUUUGGAGUCGAAAAGUGAGUAUUUUGAAAAAGAAUAUAGAAUUUUUAACAAAAAACUGAUAAAAAUCCAAAAUCCUUGAUAUUUUUGCAGACUCGACGAUUAUAAAUGUAGCGAAUGUGGACAAAAAGGACGUGUUUCUAGAAUGAGCGAUUAUGCUGAAUUGCCACCUGUUGUUAUAAUUCAAUUGAAUCGAUAUAAAUACACAUCGUAAGUCAAUUCUGGAGCCAUUUUUUUUUUAUUUAAUUUCUUUUUUUUGCUCAAAAUUGACCAUUUUCAGUUCGUUCAGCCUAAGAUGGAGCCUGAAAUCACAUUUUUCUUUCUAUAAUUCCAAUGUUUUUUUUAGGAAAGGUCGUCAGAAGUUGAAAACCACUUUGGCCUAUCCGCGCGAAAUUUCGGCUAGAAUUUUCAAGCAAAGUUCCACGGAUGUUUAUGAGCUUUUUGCUGUGACAAUUCACGAGGGAAAUAAUGCGGAAUGUGGACAUUAUUAUGAUUUGAUUAAAUCGCCGUUGAAUCAAAAAUGGUAUCGAUAUAAUGAUGCGGUAAGACUUAUUUUCACGGAAAACGAUGAAUUCUGGAUAUCUAAAAUCAUUCUAAUUUUUCUCUGAUUUCAGACAGUCGAAGCUCUUCAAAAACCACCAGGAACCGAAAAACCAACAACAGAAAUCAAUGCAAAAGCAAAACGAGCGAAAAACGAAAAAGUUUUGACAGAUCAAAAAAGCUUGCUAUGGAUUACUGUAUCGAAAAAAGGAUCGAAAUUUGCCGAUUUCACAGCCAAAAUUGCCACCAGAAGAAAUAAUUCAAGAAUCGAAAAGAAAGAUUGAGGAAAUGUUUGAGGGACAAACAAAAAGUAAAAUUGAAAAAUCGGAAAAAAGAUUGUAUGAUUUGCAAAGAAGAGUCGAGAAAUUGAAGAAUAAUUUUAGUAAAUUAGAGGUAAGGAGAAAAAUCGGAGAAAAUAAUCUAGAAAUUCUGUAAAAUUGGCUAAUUUGAGUUUUCCCCAACCAAUUUUUUUCAGACACACGAAGGUAAAUUCCAACAUCCGAACGAGAUUGCAUUUCUUCCAACAAGCCUUAUUUCGAACAUUUUGGAAGGCGAAUUCGAAAUUGCGAAAGGCAAUAAAAACACUGGAAAAAAAUCAACAAAUCCACCCGAAAAUUUGGAAAAAUCGCAGGAAGAAAAUGAGGAAACACAGGCUGAAAAUACGGAAAUUCCAAUUGAAAAUCCGGAAAACAUUCCUCCACCUGUUGAAAAUUUGGAUAUUUUGGCGAUUGCAAUGACUUCUUCCGAAUUGUUGCCGAAUUUACCCGAAAAUGAGGAAAGAAGAAAAACGCGAGCUCAAAAUGGAAUCACAAAAUCAGUUUAUGGACAUUCGGGAAGUUCGAAAAGCCCCAGAAAGGAGAAAUUGAUCAAAUUACCCAUUUCGAGCCAGGUAGGACUUUGAGCUGAAAUUAAGGCUGGAGACGUGAAAAUUUGACCAAAAAUUAGUUUUUAAACUAAACUAAUAAAUAUUUGACAUUUUUCCCUCAAAAAUGCCAUAUAAUUUUCAGGUUAGCAAUCUUUUGGAUUCACACGAAAUGCCAAUUUGUGGUCAUGGAAAAAUGUCGAUUGAAUCGAUUUUAUUCGGAGAUGUAAAAGCAGUGAGUAGAGCACCGGCAAUUUCUUUGCUUCGAGAAUAUGAUUAUCGAGCAAAAAUGGUUUUUGAUGAUGGAAGAAGAGAAUAUCCGCAACCUGAAAAAGAGAAGGAGGUUUUUGUGUUUACUGCGUGAGUUUUUUGGGUUAUUUUGGUGGGGAAAUAGGGUGUUUAGACUGAAAAUGAGAAAAUAUUCUAAUUUCAAACCCAUAAAUCCAACAAUUGUGAGCCAAACUGCAUUAAAAAAUCAGAAAAUUCUGAAUUUUGUUCUGAAAAACAUUUUCACAAAGAUAAAAAACGUUUUGAUUCUUAGCUCGAAGUUCUCUCUGAAAUCGAAUGUUUCCUCCUAAAUUCCAUAUUUUCAGCGAAGAUAUUUGUAUGGAUUGUGUUUUGGAAAUGAGAAUCGAAGGAAUAUUCAAUGAUCGAUUAGAAGACGACGAUAGAUUAGCUCGAAAAAUCUUGAAAGAGGAAAAGUUGCGAUGCUCUGUCAAAUGUCCACUUCCAAAACCAGAUGAUUAUUUUUAUGUGGCCAAAGUUGCUUUAAUGAACUUCAAGAAAAUGGCGAAUAAUGAACGGCAAUUCAAAUUGAAUCGAGUUUUGACAAAAGGCGGAACAUUGUUUUUUGAUUCGGUGCAAAGUGUGAGGGAUUUUUAGGGUUUCUUGAUGGGAACAUUUCAUGAAAAAUUGGUGUGGGAGUUUUUUAUAUUCAAUUUUUUGCAGCAAAAACAAGACCCUGGCUUCGCAGAUGUUUGUACAAAUUUGAAAAGACUUCGCUGGAAAACUUCUUCUUUUUCUUCUUCGAAUAGAAAAUCCGAAGGAAUUCCACCAGAAAAAAUGGCAAAAUUGGAUAGCAGUUUUUUGGAACCUGAAGAUUUGGGAAGUUUGGAAAUGGAAUCGACGAGUUCGAACUCGAAUUUAAUUUCGAAUUUAAAUUUGGUGCCAAAUGUUGUGCAAAUGGCUGUGGCUGAAGAUCAGACUCGGCCAUCUUCGAGAUCAACACCGGCUUCGAAUAUGGUUAGCCAACCAGUGGAAUUUAAUGGAGAGUUGAGAUGUGCACAUGGUGAGCGGUUUUUUCGGAGGGAUUUUUAGGAUUAAAACGUUGGGGUUUCAAAGGAAAAAUCACAAUUUUUCGCAAUUUCAAAAAACUCGCAGAAUUUUUUUAAAUUUCCAUUUCAUGUUUGGAGUUUCAUUCUUUCUAUUAAAAUUAACAAAAACUCACAUUUUUUUGGAAAUUUUCAACCAAAAUAUAAUCUUAUUCAAAAAGUUCAAAAUUCUAGGCGGUAUUAACUACAAUCAAUUCCGUCACGCUGUUUCACCUGAAGAAUGGCAACGCCUUAUUCAUUAUUUCGAUGAUAAUUUCGAAGUUCAUUGCAAUGAUCAAGUAUGUGAUUUGUGUCAACAACAAGAAGAAGAUGCACAAAAUGGCUCGUUAAAUAUGCGAAUUUUGGUGAGAGAAAUGAGAAAACGCCUGACAGACACGUUGAAAAAUAUCGAUUUGCGAGAAGAAAAUCCGGAAAUUUCGGAAGUCUCUUUGGAAUUCGGAAUAUGCAGUGUGUUUUUGGAUAAGUUACGCAAACUUACUCAACGAAAUGCCACGUCACCACCGCAUAUUUGCCAAAAUUGUUUGCUUUGUCCCGAACAUUCUAGACCUUUUAAAGGUUUUCAAAGUCUUAUGCCCGAAAAAAAAGACGCGUAUAUUGUUGGAUUAACAGCGGAAGAAUGGCAUACAAUUACGCAGGAGAUUCAGAAAUUGGAAGAAGUUGAAGGAAAAACGAAUAGCGAUACACCGCAUGUUAUUUUGAUUACUUCAUCUAGAAAUUCGGAAGGAAGUUUGGAAGAAGAUCGAGAAGAAAGAUCAGUGGUUGAUCUUUGUCAUGUUUGCUAUGAGCAAAAUAUUCGAAGAAUUGAAGAGAUGAAAUAUCAGUUUGAGAAUGAGUUGGUUUAUGUGAAAUUGGUUCAACCGGUGAGUUACGAUGCUCCGCGUUUACAUAUCGAAAUUUCGAUAGUUUCUGAAGAGCAGAAAUGAUGAAAUUUUUAGCCGAAAAUUUUGAAACAACGAUGCUUCGGAUUUACGCAUCGAAAUUUUAUGUUUAAGAUUUAAAAAAACAUCCGCUAAAUUUCGAAAAGAAAAAUUGCAGAAUGAUGAUUGUGCCGAAACGACUAAAAAUCGUGGAGCCGCGAAAUCUACCAGAAGAAGGAAAGAUAUUAUUGGAGUUAAGGUAAUCGAACCUUAAUUUAACCCUAAAAUUACUCUAACCUCUGUUUAUUUUACAGCUUUCCUCAUCUUCUCGAUUGUUGGACUUGAAAAUUGCAUUGUAUGACAAAUGUUAUCAAUCACCAACCGAUCAAUUAUUAUACCGUGCAGUUGGUGGCGAAUUAUUGGAUGCCACGUGUCACGAAAAAACUUUGUAUGAAUUGAAAUUGUUGCCAAAUAAUAAUGACAAUGUGAGCUUUUUUUAAAGUUGAAAUGGGGGAAUUUUGUUAAUCAGUCCUGUAAAUUGAAAAUAAUCUGAAAACUUUUGAACUAUUUUCUGGAAUGAAAUAAUAGAAUUUCAAAAUAUUCUGUGAGAUUUAGGCUAAAUCCAGUUUUUUUCAGCCACUCAUUUUAAUGGCAAACACCAACGCGGCUAUUCAUUCAACACUUCCCGAAGACACAAAUUCGGAUCGCGCUCCAGAACGUGGAUUCGUCGAUACAGCAUUGGCCCACUAA